AUGAGCCCAUCGCGUCUUUUGCCUAUAUUAUCGUUGCGGGAGGAUUACCCGAAACCUGUGGCACAUAUACGAAGAGUUGAAAGCUGCGGUCAAAUGGGCCUCAUAAACACAAACCGGGGAAUAAAUCAAGAUUUAAUAUGGGAAAAUACGCCGGAUCGCUGGUGUCACUUGGCCGAUCUAUUCGCUCCUAAUGUGGGCCUAAACUCUUGUGAAAAGUAUUCAUCAGGGUAUCAAUCCGUUAGAGUCAAGGGAAAAGUACUGGCCUCUAUCAAUUCAGAGAUCCAACUGGUUUACUUAACGUUGUCAGUUGCGAUAUGCGUACUGGUAGCCUCAUGA